ACGAGUCACCAGGGCUUACAUCCCAGGGCUCUGUUGCCGUCAUCUGCCCGGCAAAGUGGGCCAGUUGCUAACGGUGCCUUUCUCUUCCUUUCGCAGGCAUGAACGCUUUACAGUUACAGAAUCUGGCCACGCUGGCGGCCGCUGCAGCCGCAGCCCAGACCUCAGCCACCACCACCAACGCAAACCCUCUGUCCACCACGAGCAGCGCCCUGGGAGCCCUCACCAGCCCUGUGGCUGCUUCAACUCCCAACUCCACUGCUGGUGCGGCCAUGAACUCUUUGACCUCUCUCGGGACUCUGCAAGGACUGGCGGGAGCCACAGUUGGACUGAAUAAUAUUAAUGCACUCGCAGGUACCAUAAACAACGCUCCAGCCCACUUGUCCUUGCCCUCGGUUGCAGUUGCUCAAAUGCUCUCAGGUAUGGCGGCUCUGAAUGGAGGACUUGGCGCCACGGGCUUGACGAAUGGCACAGCAGGCACCAUGGACGCCCUCACCCAGGCCUACUCAGGGAUUCAGCAGUACGCAGCCGCGGCACUGCCCACUCUGUACAGCCAGAGCUUGCUGCAGCAGCAGAGCGCAGCGGGCAGCCAGAAGGAAGGUCCAGAGGGUGCAAACCUCUUUAUUUACCACCUUCCACAGGAGUUUGGAGACCAGGACAUUCUGCAGAUGUUCAUGCCUUUUGGAAAUGUUAUCUCUGCUAAAGUCUUCAUUGACAAACAGACCAAUCUGAGCAAGUGCUUUGGUUUUGUUAGCUACGACAAUCCAGUGUCUGCACAAGCUGCUAUCCAGGCUAUGAAUGGCUUUCAGAUUGGCAUGAAACGCUUGAAGGUCCAGCUGAAGCGCUCCAAAAACGACAGCAAACCUUACUGAUCCUAACCCCAGAGGCUCCCUGCUCUUGUUUUAGCUUUCUUAGGGUAAGUCCCACGAGCCAGCCUGUUCUCACAGGGAAGGCAGAGGAGGACCACAUUGCCAACUUUUACCAAGAGAGACGGUUAUUUUUACAAUAAGGCCUCCAUUUCCCCCUCCCACCCCCAAUCCAGUUCGCCAUAUUUCAACUUGGGCUACCUUGUUUCUAUGAGUAAACUCCUCCAGUUGUGCCACUGUAUUCUCCUUUGUUUUGCAAUUUGAAUCUCCACUUUUUUUUUUUGCUUUUUUUUUUAAAGGAAAACAUACAUACACAAAUAAAUGACAUCUUGAUCAUUUAAAAGGCAAACAAAGGCUAAUGUGCAAUUCUAACUCAGAGACCCCCUGGUGCCCUGAGAGCACUGCCUGGAUAAUUCACCCCCUCCUGUCCUGUUUAUCCCUAGGAGGGCACCAGCUGUUUAGAGGUCAAGGUGGUGGCCUAGAGCAAGAGAAAAGCCAGGAGAAGCACUUAAAACAAUACAAACGUCUUUCCACUACAUUUGGUUUGUUUUAAUAAGUAGGAAUUUAUUUUAGGGUUCAAAGAAACAUGACAUUUAUUGGUCAGGUUAUUACACUGGUUGUCUAUUUUGUUAUUGUUUUAUUUUAGUUUUUAGAAAGGAUUAAUGUAAAAAAGAUUUAGAGAUCUGUUUCUUAAAGCUACAGGGUUUAAAAAUAAAAUAACAAUGAAUGAAAAUACUUGAUGUUUCUUGAAAGAUAAAUUUAAUAAUAAAUAAUACAUAAAUAAUACAUAAAUAAAAAAGAAAGCCACAGGCCUGUAAAUUUUAUUUGUAAAAAAAGCAUUUCUAUUUUUGUACAAAAUUUUUACUGCCUCAGAAAUAAUGGAAGUUAUUUAUUGCCUAUUGUUAACUUAUUGGGUACCUAAAGAGCAGUUCUCUGUGCUAGUUAGAUCCUUUUGAAGUAGUCUCUAAAGGAAUCGUUCUAGGAAUGGGUUUUUUUUUUUCACUGUUGAACCCUAGGCCUAAAGUUCAUGCUUUAUCCUCUUGUUGUUUGUAUCUGUCUGAUUAUUUUGUUUGUAACUUCCAUUAUCUAGUUUACAGUUCAGUUGUCUGACUUUCCCCUUAUGUUACAUUUGUUGAAACUGGAUCCUCCCCGUCCCUUGCCAGCCCCUCACCCCAAGACACUGGGAAUCCAUCCCCUCUCCCUCUCCGGAUGGAUUCUCUUGGGGUUCCAUUGUGCUGUGAUAAAGAUUGUUAAGAAAUGCAAAUUAUGUGGAUGGCUAGUAGACUCCCUAAUGACCUAAGAUUUGCAUUAGUUUUUCUCCUGCACCCUUAAGAGUGAUUUUGUUGCUGCUGCGUAGACUCUGUGUAACUUUUUCCUCUCCCUUGUUUUCUCCCUAGACAUCUUCAUGCCUGUUAGUUCACCGUUUGCCUAGCAUGUCCCUGUGGCGUCUCAAAAAAAAAAGUUUCAUCGUCCCGUCAUUGUUUCUGAUGUCUUUCUGACCUCACAUCAUAUUUGGUUCUCCUACUGACCUUUGAUCUAGUUUGACCUUUGAAAUUUGCAUGUGACCUCAUCUAGCUAUGAAUUCUGGGAAGUCAAUGUGAAAAACAUUGCUGCAUUCAUGCAAGACUGAAAUUUAUUAUUAGAAAAAAUAAUUAUAGAAAAAAACCUGUGGCAAAAUGUUUUUCUUAUUUUUUUUUCUUUUCAUAAAACAGACUUGAAAGUAUUAUACAGGGAUUGGCAUUCUUCCCGGUCACUGGUAACAAUAGCAAUAUGUGUCCAGGGACACAGAAUGUUGGUUUCUAACAGACUACUUCCAAAAACAGUUUGAGAAAAAAACUGUCUGAUUUUAAGUCUCUAGAGGUCUGUAAUAGUUUUUACAUUUUUCAGGCAGUGUAAAGUUUUUUGAUAAGGCCAUUUUAGGUGGCUCACUUUCUCAUUAAGAUAUAUAUAUAGAACCACUUUUUGUAGAUUAGUAUAAGAAAAAUAUUUACCCUGUUUUGGGGCAAAUGCUACCUAUUUGUGUCACCUUUUGCUGAACUGACUCACAGUUAGACAAUCCAUGGUUUAAUGCACAUGAAAUUACCUAUAUUUUAUACUGUUUCAAUGUACAGGAGAAAGGUUACUGUAAACUGUGUUGCGUUGGUGCUUCUGUGAAUUAAGUUGUGGUUUCAUCAUGAGUCUUAUGGUCUUAAUGUUCUUUGUUGAUAAGACAAGUUUAGAAUUGAUUUACUUAAAAAAGAAUUUCAAAAAAAAAAGUUGUUUGCUUAAAAAAAAAAAUUUCAUGUGAGGGGGGGAAAAAAAACUAUUCCAGAAUAAGUUUUGUGUUGGCUUGUAAAGCAUUGAUGUCAUUUUUUUUUUUUAUUGUGGACUAUUUAGAUGUGUUUGUGUUCAGCAAAAUGUGAUUUUUUUUUCUUUUAAAGAAAAAAAGUGAAAAUAUAUAGUGCCAAAUUCCAAAGGUACUUCCUUCCUAGAGCUUCAGUGUGUUUCUUGUGAGAAGUAAUUUGAUAACAUGGGUAUUUUAUUAUGUGUUUUGUAUAAAUCCCUAAUAUUUAAAAAACAAAAAACAGAAAAAAAAGAGGUUAAAAAGUUUGUUAACUUGCUAUCCUGUGGUCUUGUUGCCUGAAAUUGUUAAUGUUUGUUAUUUCUCUAUGAUGUUUUUUGUAAGACAUUGUAUAAGUGCCCAUGUCUCACUUUUUUAACCACUCUGCACAUCAAUGCUGUGAUGGCAACCUCACAAUGUAUUUUCUUCAUAAUAUAUGGAAACCUCUAAGGUGAGAAAGUUUUGAACUUUUAACCCUUUCUACCCAGAGCUAUCUGGAAUGUUGAUAACUUUUAUACUGUCAUUUAGUUUGUUUUGGGGUGAUUCUAAUUUGGAUUUUUCCCCCCUACAUAUAUCUUCUCUGAGUUGUUUUUGUCUUUACUACUUUUUUAUCCUUUGGUUGAGAUCCAAAAGAAAAAAAACUCCACAAGGCAAAUCUGCAGGAAAAAUGUAUAAGUAUCUUUAACCCUCUCUGCUUUUUUCCCCCCUUCACCAUUUUUUUUUUUUACUUCUGAUUAUUUCUGGUCAUUUUUUAAAAAAGAAUUCUUAAUGUGCUGCUAGAAUUCCUUCUGUUUAAAAACAGUUUAAGUAAACCUUCUGAGAGGGAUGGUGGGUAGAUUCAGCACCUAACUAAACCUUCAAUUCUGUAUGCUACUGAGAUCAGAUGUAGCGGUAUGUUCCAGUUAAGGAUUUUUCAUAUACCUUCCAGAUAAAUGAUGUGGUAAUGGGGUAGUUUCUUGAGGUAUUUUUGCUUUUGUUUCCUAAAUACUCCUAAUUAAUAUUUCUAAUCAGCCAUUGUGCUGGGGAUUUCUCUGACUCCGUGGGCACCUCUGAUAAGCAAGGUGUCUGGAGUUAGUUGAGAGUCCUUUCCCCUUCAUACAUGUCUAAUUUUUUAAUUGAAUGCAUGUACUGACCACUUAAGUAAAACUCAGUUCUCUAUCCCAGUUACUGACCAAAUACCUAGCAUCAGUUCCUGCUGCCACUUUUUAAAGUGCCAUGUUACUUUGACUUCUACUUCACGUAAACAGAUCUCCUUGCUGUCCUGACAAAGCCCAGAGUCCUCCCAGCAGCCCCAGUACAAACUCCUGCUCUCCUGAAAGCGGGCCCUGGAAGCUUCUUUGUCUCUAACGGAGUUCAGAAACUGCUGGCUCCCUGUCCUUCCUCCUUUUCCCACUCACCACCCCACUUGGUUUAAUCUGUGUGUGGAUGUGAUAGCCCAGGGAUGGAAAGGACUAGCCUCUAAUGAUGCAAAAAAAAAAAAAAAAAAAAAAGUUUCCUUCUUACGGCACGUGCACUUAUAAUGACAUGAUUUGUAUUAUCCUCACACGUGUUUACUACUGCUGGGGCCUUCCUUCAUCCUUUGAGGGCUAUUUUGUACUUCCUGCAGCAAUCAGCUGAAACAAAAGUUAUCACACACGUCUCUCUCGCGUAUAGUAUGUGGUGGUGUGUAGAUACAUGCAUAGGAACACAAGAGAACACCAUCUGAACUUCUUAGAUUCGUUCUGAAUCUCUUCAUGUACCAGUCUCUACAGAGAUCUCAAAACCUUUUUUUCCGAUUUCUUCACUGAAGCAAACUGCCCUCCCCCUGCCCGCCUCUCUUUUCGCCCACCUGCACCUCCCCUGGAGGAAUAGAGUGCAGCUGACCAGAGGCUCAGGGUGGGCACUUUGAGUUGAGUGUUUCUUAUUUUUGCAGGCAACUAAGACACACAGAGUGGGAAAGUCUGUUCUUCCUGGGUUAUUGGGGGUAUUUUUGGAAUGUUUCAUAAGAAGAUAACCCUCCUCAGAGACAAGUUGUUCUUUUAGUCACUUUAUCUUUUAAUAACAAAAGGGAAAAGCUGCAAGGGUGCAAGGGCCUGUGCCAGAAGGAAAACACACAGCGAAACUGCUUUUUUAAAAAUCAAGUGUAGAGAACAGUCAUUUUUAAACUAAAUUAGAGAAUUGUAAUCCAACGGCAGUCCUUAAGGCGGAACAAGUUCAUCUUUCUUUCACCGUAGGGGUUCUAAUUCUUUGGCUUGUGCUACUCUGGACUCAUUUUACUGUUGUUUUUAUUAUUAUCUUAAGUGCUAAUUAACAAGAAGAAAUAAAAUUUUAAAAAAACCUGUAGUUUCAUUACCUUUUUGAAUAAUGUCAUACAAAAAAUGUAUUUGUGUUUUUUUGUGCUGUGAGAAUUGUUGUUUGUAGAUUAAUAUCAUUUUGUUUAGAAUUACAAAAUAGUUUUUAAAUAUUGUCUGAGAAAAGCCAAAGUUAAUGCAACCUAGUGGAAACUGUAAGACCAUUGAGUAUUGUUUGUUUUAUUGAUGCAUUUGAAUUUUGUUGUUUGAUGGAAUUUGAGCCAAAAAAAAAAAUGCAGGCUUUCCUAUUUCUACAAUUGAUUGUACUUAUUAUGCAUUUUGUACCAGUGGAACUUUUUAUACUGGAGAUUAAAAAAAUGGAAAUUUUUGUGGCUUACUCUAGUGGGCCCCCUGACAAUGACUGAUUUCAAGUUUGAUUUCUGAUUGAUAGAAAGAAAGUUGGUUUUCUUUUGAGAAUUAAAAACUUUGGCUUGAUUUCUUUUUUCCCUUUGCUUAUAUCUAGAAUUAGAAUUUUGUCUUAAAAUACAGCGGUAAGUUUCACUUUUUAUUCUGUAUUGUGCAGUUACACAAUAAGGUAAUUAGAUUUAGAAGUACUCAGUCACUUUAAGUGGAUAAAUGUAUUAGUUAAAACUUUAGGGGUUUGCUUUUUGCUGUUUAGAUCAAAGUUUUUUCUGAUUCUUCUGUCCUCAUUGUGAACAUAACCGUGUAGUUGAAACAAACUUAUUUUUGUAACGUAUGUUAUUGUGUGAUGCAGUUUUUUGCUUCUGUCUCCAAUAUUAAACCAUUUUCCUAAUA